AACACAACCCAAAUGAUAUAAAAACCCCCAGAACACAUUUACAUAUACUCUUCUGCUGUGACCUGCAGAAGUAUAUAUAUACUUGCACAUUACAGUUUGCCCUGCAAAAAGAAAGAAAAUGACUUCAGUUUGCAUAUCAAACUGCGUCAACGACGCACGUGACCCGCGGGUGCCGAUGCGAGCCACCUACGUGAACCUCUACAAGUGGCCCGAGUCAGACGCCGAGUUCGUGAGGUCGAUGAGCUCCAACGGGCGGCGAUCAGGUGCGGCGCAGCAACAUGGGCACCCAAGAGUUGUGGACAGCAUAUCCUGCAGGCAAAUGUACCUGAGGAGCUACACGUUCUCAAGGAAAGAGACGGUGCCUGAGAAAACCCAGAAAUGCUUUGGCCGAGUCAAAGAGAAAAUGGUGAACAAUAAGAAGGGGAAGGCCAAAGGAGGACGCAAGAGGAGUAACAAGUGUUUGGUUCUCAGGAAAGUGAAGGAACUGUCAUCUGCUGCUCUGUUUAGAAUUUUCCAGAGGUUCUUGUCUUGCUCUGCUAGUGUAGAUGUUGUGAAUUGAAGUUUCUUAAUUUAGUUUUGUUAAUUUAUAAUCCAGAGAGUAUGGUUGUUUGUUUGUGCUUUUGUUUCUGUAAUUUUGUGUUGGAUAUAUAAAUGCUGAAAAAGGGAAGGGCCCCCAUAUAUAUAUUUGGUUCUGCAAUUAAUAU